CAACUGCAACGGCCACGCCAGAAGAUGCAGGUUCAACAUGGACCUUUACAAACUAUCGGGACGAGUUUCCGGCGGCGUUUGUCUCAAGUGCAGGCAUUUCACAGCGGGCAGGCACUGCCACUACUGCAAAGAGGGCUACUACAGGGAUAUAACCAAGCCCAUAACUCACAGGAAAGUCUGUACAGCCUGCAACUGCCACCCGAUCGGUGCUUCGGGGAAGACCUGCAACCAGACGAGCGGACAGUGUCCAUGCAAAGACGGAGUAACCGGCAUCACCUGCAACAGGUGUGACAAAGGAUAUCAGCAAAGCCGGUCUCACAUAGCUCCAUGCAUAAAAAUUCCGAAGAUGUCUGUUAACUUGAUGUCGGCGGACGCCGGAGACGACAACGGCCAGGACGAAGGAACACCGAGCCAGUGCGGCAAGUGCAGGGCUGGGACGAGACGGCUCAACAUGAACAAAUACUGCAAAAGGGAUUACGCGAUUUUGGCAAUGGUUUUGGAAAGGGAGACGAUCGACGACUGGGCAAGAUUCAACACUGCGGUGCAGUCUGUGUACAAACGAGGAAGGGAUUCGGGGCUUAGAAGAGGAGGGCUCAACAUUUGGGUCCACUCGAACGAUUUGGCUUGCAAAUGUCCUAAAAUCAAGAGCAACAAGAAGUACCUCAUCCUAGGAAAAGAGAGGGACGGUGACAAACCAGGUCUGACUAUAACUCAACGAUCCAUUGUCAUCGAAUGGAAAGACGAAUGGCUCAACAGGAUGCGAAGAUUCCAGAGGAGGUCGAAGCAAUGCAAGUAGGCCAUCAUCGUCGACAAAACGAGCAGGAAAACACUAAACAAAAUUUCAUAAUUUAAAAAUAAAUAAAAAUGAAGCAUCACCCGAAUGUGAUUUUCCAAUUUGAUUUUCUUCUUUGGUGUUGAUUCUAAUUUUUUUUCCAGAAAUAAUAUGAAUUUCCAAACUCCAAUUUUAACCAUAUGCGCAUAUAGCAGAGAAUAAUCGAAAAUAAAAAAUAAAAUACUCAAAAUCAUUGUAUUAUAAUUUUGUAAAUAGGUGUUAAAUAUUUUGUUUAU